GAGGGGCGAGCUGCGCCUACAGCGCUCCCGGGACUCCCGAGCGCCGGGCGCCGGUUGGUCGCACUCUCGCCUUGCCGACUCCUCCCGAUCGGGCUCGGCCCGGCGACCGGGGCGAUGUGAGCCGGGGCCCGCGGGCGCGGCCGGACCGCUGCGAUGUGGCUCAAGCCCGAGGAGGUGCUGCUGAAGAACGCCCUGAAGCUCUGGGUGACUCAGAAGAGCAGCUGCUACUUCAUCCUCCAGCGGCGCCGCGGGCAUGGCGAGGGGAGCGGCCGGCUCACGGGCCGCUUGGUGGGUGCCCUGGAUGCGGUGCUGGAUUCUAACGCCCGGGUGGCUCCGUUUCGAAUUCUGCUCCAGGUCCCUGGCUCCCAGGUCUAUUCUCCCAUCGCAUGUGGUGAGUUAUUGAGCGGAUCGGACGUGUACUGGGCCGUGGCCACGGGAGCUACAUUAGAGGAAAUCACCCAGCACUGGGACUGGCUGGAGCAGAAUCUCCUCCAUACCUUGUCUGUCUUUGACAAUAAAGACGACAUCGCCAGCUUCGUCAAAGGGAAAGUGAAGGCUCUCAUCGCUGAGGAAACAAGCAGCAGGCUGGCCGAGCAGGAGGACGAGCCUGAGAAGUUCCGGGAGGCCCUGGUGAAGUUCGAGGCCAGGUUCAACUUCCCGGAGGCUGAGAAGCUAGUCACCUAUUACUCAUGCUGCUGCUGGAAGGGCCGGGUGCCCCGGCAAGGCUGGCUGUACCUCAGUGUCCAUCACGUGUGCUUCUACUCUUUCUUCCUGGGCAAGGAGCUUAAACUUGUAGUCCCUUGGGUUGAUAUCCAGAAGUUGGAACGGACAUCCAACGUCUUCCUGACGGAUACCAUCCGCAUCACCACGCAGAAUAAGGAGCGGGAUUUCUCCAUGUUUCUGAACCUCGAUGAGGUGUUCAAGAUCAUGGAGCAGCUGGCUGAUGUGACUCUAAGAAGGCUGCUGGACAAUGAGGGCUUUGACCUGGACCCAGAUCUUCAGGAGCCGAGCCAGAUCACCAAGAGGGUCCUGGAGGCCCGGGCGCAGAACGAGUUCUUCCGGGCCUUCUUCAGGCUGCCGCGGCGGGAGAAGCUGCAUGCUGUCCUGGACUGUUCCCUCUGGACACCCUUCAGUCGCUGUCACACUGCUGGGCGGAUGUUUGCCUCUGACAGUUACAUCUGCUUUGCAAGCAAGGAAGACGGCUGCUGCAAAGUCAUCCUCCCACUCCGAGAGGUGGUGAGCAUUGAGAAGAUGGAGGACACGAGUCUGCUGCCCAGCCCCAUCAUCGUCAGUGUCAGGAGCAAGAUGGCCUUUCAGUUCAUCGAGCUACGGGAUCGAGACAGCCUGGUGGAGAGUCUGCUGGCGCGGCUGAAGCAGGUGCACGCGGACCACCCCGUGCGCUACGACACCUCUCGGGAUGAAGAUGUGACUUCCCCUGUGUUUUAUUCAGCAAACAUGUGCAGCGACCACAGGUUUGGGGGUCUUGAAACGCUGUCUUCACAAAAUAACGAGGAAAGGGAGAAAGAGACGAACCCACGGCUGCACCCUGAGGCCCUGGUAGCUGCCUUCCGGCAGUCAGGCAGCCAGAGCCCUGACUCGAGAUUGUCCAGAGAACAGAUCAAAAUCAGCCUGUGGAACGACCACUUUGUGGAGUAUGGCAGAACGGUGUGCAUGUUUCGCACAGAGAAGAUCCGGAAGCUUGUAGCCAUGGGGAUCCCCGAGUCUUUACGAGGCAAACUCUGGCUCCUUUUCUCAGAUGCCGUCACUGACCUCGCUGCACAUCCCGGUUACUAUGGUAACCUGGUGGAGGAGUCCAUGGGAAAGUGUUGCCUGGUGACGGAGGAGAUAGAGCGGGACCUGCACCGCUCCUUACCGGAGCACCCCGCCUUCCAAAACGAAACGGGAAUCGCUGCUUUGAGGAGAGUCCUGACAGCCUAUGCCCACCGGAACCCCCAGAUCGGGUACUGCCAGUCCAUGAACAUCCUGACCUCCGUUCUGCUGCUGUACGCCAAGGAGGAGGAAGCCUUCUGGCUGCUGGUUGCUGUGUGUGAACGGAUGCUGCCUGACUACUUCAACCACCGAGUCAUUGGGGCCCAGGUAGACCAGUCCGUCUUUGAGGAGCUCAUCAAGGAGCAGCUCCCCGAGCUGGCGGAGCACAUGCAGGAUCUCUCAGCCCUGGCGUCCAUCUCCCUCUCCUGGUUCCUGACUCUGUUUCUCAGCAUCAUGCCCCUGGAGAGCGCGGUGAAUGUGGUCGACUGCUUCUUCUAUGACGGCAUCAAAGCCAUCUUCCAGCUGGGGCUGGCCGUGCUGGAGGCCAACGCCGAGGACCUGUGCCGCAGCAAGGAUGACGGCCAGGCCCUGAUGGUCCUCAGCAGGUUUCUGGAUCACAUUAAGAACGAGGACAGCCCUGGACCCCCAGUUGGCAGCCACCAUGCCUUUUUCUCCGACGACCAGGAGCCCUGUCCUGUGACCGACAUUGCCGACCUGAUUCGGGACUCCUACGAGAAGUUUGGAGACCAGUCCGUGGCUCAGAUUGAGCACAUGCGCCGUAAGCACAGGAUCAGGGUCCUCCAGGGCCACGAGGACACCACGAAGCAGAACGUGCUCCGAGUCGUGAUUCCAGAAGUCUCAGUUCUCCCCGAAGACCUAGAGGAACUCUAUGAUUUAUUCAAGCGAGAACACAUGAUGAGCUGCUACUGGGAGCAGCCUGGACCUCUGGCCCUGCGCCACGACCCCAGCAGGCCCUACGCAGAGCAGUACCGCAUAGAUGCCCGGCAGUUUGCACGCCUGUUUCAGCUCGUCUCGCCGUGGACCUGCGGGGCCCACACAGACAUCCUGGCCGAGAGGACUUUCAGGCUCCUGGACGACAACAUGGACCACCUUAUUGAAUUCAAAGCCUUCGUGAGCUGUCUGGAUAUCAUGUAUAACGGAGAAAUGAAUGAGAAAAUCAAGCUGUUAUACAGGCUUCAUAUCCCUCCAGCCCUCACUGAAAAUGACCGAGACAGCCAGUCACCACUGAAGAAUCCUCUGUUGUCGACGUCAAGACCCCUGGUUUUUGGAAAGUCCAAUGGUGAUACCAUUGAUUAUCAGAAACAGCUGAAGCAGAUGAUUAAAGAUUUAGCCAAAGAAAAAGAUAAAACUGAGAAAGAGUUGCCCAAAAUGAGCCAGAGAGAAUUUAUCCAGUUCUGCAAAACCCUGUACAGCAUGUUCCAUGAAGACCCAGAGGAGAAUGAUUUGUAUCAGGCCAUUGCCACGGUGACCACGCUGCUGCUGCAGAUCGGUGAGGUGGGGCAGCGCGGCAGCGGCUCUGGAAGCUGCUCUCUGGAGGGCGGGGACGAGCCACUGGCUCCGGCUCCUUCUCCUGAGCAGGACUCAGUUUUCGUGGACACCGAGGCCAGUAAGAGUCCCCAGGAGUCCCAGGCAUUUCCUGAACAGGCCGAGGGGGACUGGACUGUGUCCCUGGAACAUAUUUUAGCCUCACUUCUGACUGAACAGUCAUUAGUAAACUUUUUUGAAAAGCCACUGGACAUUAAACCCAAACUUGAAAACGCCAAGAUCAAUCAGUACAGCCUCAAAACUUGUGAGAUGAGCCGCCAAUUGCAGCCUGAACUCAAGCUGAGCAGCCCGUAGCAGGAGCACAUCUGCUGAGCCCCUCCUCCAAACCAAAGCACAGAGCAGCUUAGGCUGGUCAGCCCAUAAUCCAGAUGUGUGCAGUCUGCCAGCAGUACCUGACACGUUGGGCACCUGGCCAGCCACAAGUGGGGCCUGGGGAUGGAUGCAGCCCUGUAUACCGCAUGAGAGAAGUCAGCUAGAGGGGGCCGCCUACCCGUCCCCCUGAUGCAGACUUACAACUUCAGGUAUCAGCCCUGAGACAGGCACUUCUGCUGGGAUGCUAGUGUGACUUGUUCUCAGAGGGAAUGUGAGAAGUCAGCUGUGGGAAACCAACCCAGACAAGAAGAGCUCCCAUUCUUCACCUGAAUGGGAAGGACUGAGAGUCACGUUUGCUUUCUUUCAAGACUUAAGAGCCACUAUCUGUGCAAUUGUAUUUGGCUUUUUUUGCACUAAUUUCGUUUCAAUGCUGGUAAUUGAAACCAUUUUAAUGUAUUUGGUUGUAUUCACUUUGUGUCCUUCCAAAAAUGUGUACAAACCAUGCUUUCAAUGUUGGCCUCCAAGUUUUUAUAAGACGUUUUUGUACUGA